CACCGCCGGGGCGUCCUCCUCCUGCUAAACAGCUGCGUCUCCCGUGAGCCCGCGGGAGCUCGAGGACUACGACUCCCGGCAUGCUCCGAGGCCUCUGGAGUUAACCCUUAGGGGCCCGCAGCCUCCUCCCAGCGCCCCGCCUCCAGCCUUACCUGGACCCCGCAGGAGAUGGGUGCCCCCAUCGGCACACUGUCCUUUGGCCACUGGACAUCAUGCCUCCCAAGAAGGAUGUUCCUAUGAAGAAACCGGCAGGACCCUCUAUUGCCAAACCUGCUGCCAAACCCGCAGUUGGAGCCCCUUCAGCCAAGACCAAGGCUGAGCCAGCUCCAGCUGCCCCUCCAGCCCUUCAGAAAACCCAGGAGCCCCCCAUCGAUCUCUCCAAAGUGGUGAUCGAGUUUAACAAGGACCAGCUGGAGGAGUUCAAGGAGGCUUUUGAGCUGUUUGACCGAGUAGGGGAUGGCAAGAUCCUGUACAGUCAGUGUGGGGAUGUGAUGAGGGCCCUGGGCCAGAACCCCACGAACGCCGAGGUGCUCAAGGUCCUGGGGAACCCCAAGAGUGAUGAGCUGAAGUCCCGGCGUGUGGACUUCGAGACUUUCCUGCCCAUGCUCCAGGCCGUAGCCAAAAACCGGGACCAAGGCACAUAUGAGGACUACCUGGAAGGGCUUCGGGUGUUUGACAAAGAGGGGAAUGGCAAAGUCAUGGGAGCAGAGCUCAGACAUGUCCUUACCACCCUGGGAGAGAAGAUGACUGAAGAGGAGGUGGAGACUGUUCUGGCAGGACAUGAGGACAGCAAUGGCUGCAUCAACUAUGAAGCCUUCCUGAAGCACAUCCUAAGCGUCUGAGCUCCUACAGAUGCGGUGGGGGUCGGACACUGCCCCACCCCCACCCCCCCUCCUCUCCGGCAGGCGGAAGCACGUUCCUGCCGCUAGGAGGCCACCUAUUGUUUCCAAAUAAAGAGACGAUUCCUCACUAGGCGUCCGACUGUUGCUUUCUUCCGAGGUGGGGGAGGGAGGAAGGAAGGGAGCAGUGACCGAUAUCCAAUCCGAUAUCCUCUGAUCUUCCUGCUGGACCGAGUAGCAGGCUCUCCGCGCCCCGCUCGAUCCGCUUCUACGGUUUCCUCCUAGCCAGUGUGAUUUCACCGAGGACCAGACUGCAGAUCCGAGCCCCAAGCCCCGGAGUUCAAGGAGGCCUUUCAGCUGUUUGACCGAACAGGGGAUGGCAAGAUCCUGUACAGCCAGUGUGGGGACGUGAUG